AUUCUUUUAGUUUUAUGCCAACUCCCGGCAAGACGAAAAGCUACGAAUAAUAGUAAUACAAUAACUCUCUCAGUUUGACAAUAACAACAAAAACAAAACAGUGAAGACGAAUACCGAAUAACGAUUGUUAUUUAUGGACAUUUUUAGUGUUAAAUAAACGUUCUAUUAUUUUAUAAAUAAUGCCGAAAGUUAGAAGAAGUAAAAAUCCACCUCCAGAAGGAUGGGAGCUCAUAGAACCAACACUAGAGGAAUUGGAAGCAAAAAUGCGUGAAGCUGAAACUGAACCUCAUGAAGGUAAACGAAAACAGGAAUCAUUAUGGCCGGUUUUUAAAAUUCAUCAACAAAAAUCUCGCUAUAUCUAUGAUCUAUUUUAUAGAAGAAAAGCUAUUAGCAGAGAACUUUAUGACUACUGUAUCAACGAAAAAAUAGCGGACAAAAAUUUAAUUGCAAAAUGGAAGAAAGUAGGAUACGAAAACUUAUGCUGCUUACGAUGUAUUCAAACUAGAGAUACGAACUUUGGUACGAAUUGUAUUUGUAGAGUACCGAAAAGCAAACUAGAAGAGGGUCGCAUCGUCGAAUGUAUUCAUUGCGGCUGUAGAGGAUGCUCCGGAUGAUACUAUUUAAUUUACUUGAAGAAAUAACGGCCGAUUAAUUAAUUGUAAUUAAUUUAUUGUAUCAUAAGUUUAUAUCUACAUAAAUAUAUGCAUAUAUUUUUCUAUUUA